UCAAACAUGGAGGAGCGCGAGCGGGGGGCGAGGCCGGCGCGCGCCGGGAGCCCCGCGCGCCCGCCCAGCCCGCGGCUGGACGUGAGCUCGGACAGCUUCGACCCGCUGCUGGCGCUGUACGCGCCGCGCCUGCCGCCCAUCCCGUACCCCAACGCGCCGUGCUUCAACAACCUGGCGGAGUACGAGAACUUCCUCAAGACCGGGGUGCGCGGCGGCGGGCGCGGCCGGGCGCGGGGCGCGGGCUCCCGGGGCGCCCCCGCCGCCGCCGACCCCGCGGGCAGCGCCCCCGCCGGACCCUCGGCUCGGCCCCGGCGCCGCCACGAGCCCCCCGCGCCGGACCCCGAGCGCAUCCAGCGCCUCCGCCGCCUCAUGGUGACCAAGGAGGAAGGGGACGGCGGGGACGGCGCGCGCCGCGGGGCACCGGCCCGGACCAAGAAGGCGCCGCGCAACGUGCUCACGAGGAUGCCCCUGCACGAGGGCAGCCCCCUGGGGGAGCUCCACCGCUGUAUCCGGGAGGGCGUCAAGGUGAACGUCCACAUCCGCACCUUCAAAGGGCUGCGUGGCGUCUGCACCGGCUUCCUCGUCGCAUUCGACAAGUUCUGGAACAUGGCACUUACCGAUGUCGACGAGACCUAUCGAAAGCCAGUUCUGGGCAAAGCAUAUGAACGGGAUUCUUCCUUGACGCUCACUCGGCUGUUUGACCGUCUGCGACUCCAGGACUCCGCCAAGAAGGAGGCCGACUCCAAGUCGGCCGUGGAAGACUCCACGCUGUCCAGAUACUCGCAGACGUCCACGUGGAAAGUGGCGUCCGUGUGGGGCCACGGGGACACCGGCCGGAGCUCCCGCCGGCGCUCCCGCUCCGUGCCCUCGUCCCUGCAGGCGUCGGCCAGGGAGGAGUCCAGGUCAGAGCUGUCGGGGAGAACUGCCCAGACCGAGGGCUCGAGUGCCGGGGGCACCCUGUCCAGGGCCACCACGCUCUCGCGGGGCCAGCCCCGCAAGAAAAAGCGCAAGGCCAAAGUGGACUACCAGCAGGUGUUCACGCGCCACAUCAACCAGAUUUUCAUCCGGGGUGAGAACGUCCUGCUCGUCCACCUGGCACAGUGA